GCUCGCGACGCAGGCGCACGGAACGCAACCCGCACAACUCAGCUGCGGGCUUGCAUAUUCGCUUCCAUGGGUCACUGACUGGAGAAAAAUAGUGUCCAGUCUUUCAAACCCCCUGAACCAGGGUGGAAUUUUCGGCACGCAGAGCAGAGAAAUUCGGCCACCAAGACUAUGAACUCAGGAUUCCCGAGAGCGGCUACCACCAGGCUGCCGCACCAGGACAUAGAGCUCAACCUCGACCUGAUCGAGACGAUCCGAGCGGACACUUCCAAUUGCUCAUCGCCCGUCAGGACGACCAUAUUCGAAGGCUCCUGGAUUUACCAGCAAAACAGCCGUGACCACCUGACGCCCCCAACGACCCCGAGUCCAGAUGACUUCCUGCCGCACCCGAUCAAGAUAAACGGCAUCGGUCACUGCGCCCUGCACACCCCUCUUCCGCCCCCUCCGAAACCACCCCUGAAGGGCAUCCCCGAUAAGCCGUCCUUCCUGCACCUGCAGCAGGGCAGACAGAAGCUGAUCGUUGGCUCAAUCAUUUUCGUCUGCCUGGCCCUCUUUCUGGGGGUUGGCCUGCCUUUCGCGCUCGACCUGAGGGCGUCCCGGCUGCUCGAGGCGCGUUUGCAGGUCGUCCAGCGCAUCCUGAGCGACGCACCGCUCGUCGACGGACACAACGACCUGGCGUGGAACCUUCGCCGGCGCAGGCAGAACAAGUUGUUUGACUUCAAGUUCAAUUCCGACCUCAAGGGUGACCCUUCGUGGACUGGAGGAACACUUUGGUCACAAACCGACCUGAAUCGGAUGCAGAAGGGCCUCGUCUCGGCACAGUUUUGGUCAGCAUACGUUCCGUGCGGCUCCCAAUACUUGGACUCCGUGCAGCUCACUCUGGAGCAAAUCGACGUAAUAAUAAGACUGGUGGAAAAGUAUCCCAAACAUUUGCAGAUGGCUACGACUGCAGAAGAAAUCGAAAGCGCGCAUCGUGCAGGAAAAAUUGCCAGUCUGAUCGGAGUCGAAGGUGGGCACUCAUUAGGCAGCUCGCUGGCUAUUCUGAGGACCCUCUACCAAUUAGGCGUCCGCUACCUGACCCUAACUCACGCUUGCAAUACCCCGUGGGCCGAUUCCUCUAUGGUGGACGAGGCGACCCUGGGACACAAAAGCAGCGUCCAGGAUGAAGAUGAGCCGCCAUUGAUGCCACUCUCCGACCACGACGGCCUUUCCGACUUUGGGAAGCUGGUGAUUCAAGAAAUGAAUAGGUUGGGAAUGAUGGUGGAUUUGUCACACGUUUCGGCGCGAACAAUGGACGCCGCGAUCAAAGUCACGAAAGCGCCGGUCAUCUUUUCGCACUCGGGCGCGCAGGCGAUUUGCAAUUCGACUCGAAACGUUCCAGACUCGAUUUUGAGCAAAUUGGCUCUCAACGGGGGAAUAGUGAUGGUUAGCUUUUUCAAUCAGUUCCUCAACUGCAAGGAAAAGGCCACUCUCAAAGAUGUAAUUGCUCACAUUAAUCACAUCAGGAACAUGGCAGGCGUGAAUCACGUCGGGCUUGGUGCUGGAUUUGACGGCAUUACGCAAGUUCCUGAAGGUCUUGAGGAUGUGUCAAAGUACCCAAUGUUGCUGGCAGAAUUGGCUCGUGACCGGAGAUGGAGCGCCGAGGACAUUAAAAAGCUAGCUGGUGGCAAUCUUGUUCGAGUCAUGAGAGAGACAGCAAGGAUUCGCGGUGAUAUGGAGCGAGCCAAAAUCGCGCCGCACGAAGAGUGGAUUUCCAUGGAGGAUUUGGACGAGAAGACCUACUGCAGAUUCCCAGGGAUUUGAAUAAUUAGCUACACUCCAAAGUCAUCUACUCUUCAGCACAAUAAUUUAAUUGCUAAGUUAAAAUUAAGGCUAAAAGUGAGAUGGACACGUUGAUGGUGCGCAAUUAAAUAAUGUGUGGCCAAUAUUGUUUUUGUAUUGGAAGAGCAGUGAGAAAAUUAUGAAAGUAGCGAAAUAUUGUAAACCAAACGGGAAUAGAUUUUUCAAUGCAAUAUUAGCAAAAUUUCAUAGAUAUAAUUUUAUGAAAGUACAAAAAAAAUUUGCAGAUAUGUGGAAAGGUCAAUAAGAGGAGUUUGAUGAGGCUGUCUGCUGAAUAUAGAAAUAAUGAGGAUGAUAAAAUUUGACAUGCCCAAAAAAAUAAAUUUGAAAUUUAGCACCUGAUUCUCUUAUUGAGUUUUAAAUUUAUUGAAAAACAAAAAAAUAAUGCACAAAGGUUGGUAAAUUUAAGAAAUUAGAAUUUUAAAAUUAGUCAUCCUGAGUAUAAAAAUCAAUUCAAUUUUUUUUUACCUUUAAAUUUCUAGAAAAGUUACACCUUUAUCUGAGUUAAAGCUUUAAUUUAGUAAUUUACUUCCUUUUAUGAGCUCAAAAGCACCGGGAAAAAUGACGAGAAAUGAAGAAUAAACCAUUGCCCUGAAGUUUUGGCUCUGAGCAAAUAUUUUACAAAUUUAGGAAAAAUCAUUGCCGACAAAUUUGUAUUAAUUUAAUACAUAUUAUUAAUAGUCCAAAUCUCAGUGUGUGAUUAAUAAAUUAAACACGAAAGAAAAUUAUUUUGUUAAUUGAUCAUGAUGUAGGAUGUAGGUCGUUUGCCUUGUUGGUUAAACCCAUUUCUAAGUUCAUCCCCCGACCCCUUAACCUGAAGGGAGAAACGAUGAUUUUAAUGAUUUUCCUGAUCUCUCUCUCCCGACCGACCGACCGCGACACGUGUAAACAAAUUAUUAUAAGCAGCAGAAUUUGAUAAAUAUUUUCAGAAUAUUACACGUAAUUUGUUUUUCGAAAGCAAGAACACAUUCAUAAACACACAUUUCAUAUAGCAGAGGAUUAAUUGAAACGGAUAUAAAAGGGAUAUUUCACAGUUGUUACUCUCGUAAAAUCAACUCGCGCGUGCUCUCGCCAUGGCAGACCCUCAUGAUUUAUUUAAUACAGUCCAGAUGGGACCAGGUCAAACAUAAUUGUGAGAUUAAAAUCCAAGUGAUCGCUAAAAAGUUGGGUAUUCUGCUCAGUCCAAAUUUCAGGAUCGAAAAUCUUCUUGACUUGAGUGAGCAUAAUAUUUCAUCAUUGACCAUGUAUGUAUUUGCGUUGUUAAAACAACACAAAUGAAUUUAAUUACCGUGCUUAAGUGUUUAUAUAUAGGAUUAGAAAAUUGAUACAGCUCUUUUUAUUGGUCUUCCAAUAAUGCCUAUUAUGCAGCUCCCGACCAGCUUAUGAAGGUUUUGAAUGACCUGUUGUCGACGGAGUGCAACAAGCUCUUGAGAUAUCACGAGGAAAUGAAUAUCCUGAUGGUUCCUGCCUUAGAAAUUUCUCUUAGGAUGGGACUAAAAUCCGUCGAUUUAACUGCAUAUCUUUCAUAUUCUCCAAUUGAACUGAAAUAUCAUUACUUUAAAUCGGCAGUGGUGCAGUUGUUUGAAAUUGCUCCCAACAUCGAAGAGCUGAAGAUAACAAGCAAGAAAAGCAGUGACAACAGAUUUCCUGAUAUUCCUGUGGACACUGAGUUACUUCAAGCGCUCGGUAGAUUAGUACAGCUAAAACUUCUUCAAAUAGAUGAAUUGUGCAACCUUAACGGGCUCGAUGACCUAUUUCAACUUGGCGAGCACCUAAAAGAACUACAAUUUAUCAGCGUUUGUUUCCCCAGCGGUUUUGCUGACAUUGACUUCGAUGAAAAACAAAUAGUUGAAAAAAUGAAAAAGAGCUUACCAAAUCUGAAAGUUUUUAUCUACAACGCAUACGCAGGUUAUCACUGGAGGCGUUUGUUAAUAGACCAUCUCCCGAACUUGCAAGUCAUUGAAAACUACGCAAGUGAGCUUUGUUCCAAGCAUGACUACAACUCUUUGGCUCAUCUGGACCCAGAACGUCGUGGAACGUCAAACCUGCGCCAAUUGUUGGUGGAUUUUUCCGAAGAGAGUAUAAGUGAAAGCAUUCACUUGGCAUUUCCUCAUGUCAGUCAUUUAUGGAUCUAUUGGUAUGAAAAGAUUAUCCGCGAUAAAGACAUCCAGUGGCAAGCUUUGUUAAAAUUUACCCAAAUUGAGAGUCUGGAAAUUGUCGAAUUUCCACUGCCUGUAUUGAAAUGCUUCUUGGACAAAUAUGGAUCAAAUCUACUGGCACUUAGCAUUAUCCAAUAUAGCACAGAAGUUAUUGAUGAAUCCAUGCUGUCCUUCCAACAGAUUUUUACUGCCUGCCCAAAGUUGGAGAAACUUCAACUUCACACGAUCGCAAUUGGUACUGAGCCUAUAACCUUUUUCUCUCAUCUUCAAGAAGUAAAAUUAGGUUAUUAUAGUUGCUAUUGUUGCGCUCCUGCGGAUUUACCCAAUAUUCUGAGCGCACCCGAUCUGCAGAAGGUGACAUUGUAUGCCGAUGAAUUUAGUGUGAAGGACCUUAAGAUGCUAAAACCAUCAGUUAUCGAAAAGAAGGUUCUGCGAAAACUCAAAACUCUCAUCAUCCAAAUGAGGAUAAAUUCCUGGAGUAGACUCACUAAUGUCGCUGUUGUCGAACAUUUCAAAGAACUCAUGGAAUUGAUUAAAUGCGCCGCCGGUAGUCUGCAUCAACUUACUCACGUGAAAUUUUACAUGAAUUAUUACCCAAGUGAGUACUCUAUUGUGGCAAAAAGUCUAAGGGACGGAAAAAAAGAUACUGGACAAAUGCCAGGCGUUUCAUACUUUUUUAGUGACAUGCAACAAGAUAUUUCUGAGGAUGCAUACAGUUGGUUUAUUGAUGAAGAACUCAUCAGCAUUCUUGACCACUUCCAAUAACAGUAUGAACUUUGGCUGCACGUACAGUACACAAUGAAUUACAGAAUUGUACAUAUAGACAAAAGUGUUAUGUUUAUGAUCCAAAAAAUAAAGUAUAAAAUAAAAAUUCUUGAGUUAAACUUCAAAAA